AUGACUUCCACCUCCGAUGCGGCGGAAGGCAGUGGGGAUGUCAACGACUUCCUUCAACGAAUUCGAGAACUCGGCGAGAAACGCGACAAGGAGGAUGAAGAGCGCACAAAGAAGCUGGAAGAGGAGAUCCUGCAGGGUCGUAAGGAGAGGCAGGCUAGGAGAGCUGAGCGGGCACGGUCUAUAUCCCCAACAAAAGAUUCCUCUCCGAUCCUCGACCCCGCUCGACUGAGCAUGUCGUCCUUGAGUCACCGAGCCAUUGAUCCUCCGGAACAGCUUGAGCCGACGACCCCUCGCACCCCGGUUUAUGACACCCAUAGCGCGUCCCACUCAUUCCGGGACGAUAAGGCAGCGUCACUAGAGAGUAGCCCGGCAGGGUCAAGACAUGGAAGCGAAAUCGGAGUCUCACCGAAAGCUUCGCCCACGUUACGGAGCAGGGCCGGAACUUUAUCCUGGCAGCAACGACCCAGUUCUCGGGACCUUAGUGGAAACCGUACAUUCUUUUCCACGUCGCCUUCACGCGAGAACCGCUGGAGAGCGAUGUCAAAUGCCUCAGCCACGGAUUUCGGAGUGCCGCGCAGUCCUUUGGUCUCUUCAUCCCCGUCGCGAGAGCCGUCUUCUUUGCGCCAGGCCGAGGUGGACGACAUUCCCGUGAGAGAGACGCCCAUCAAGGAUCCCGAGCCCUAUCAGGUCGAGAACAUCAAGACGAAAGAGCCCGAACCGGAAGAGCAAACGGAAGAAGAAAAGGAAAAUGGCCACCAUGUUACUACAGAGGAGCAAUCUCCACCUCCAUCAAGAGCUAGCUCAAGCUUUGCAGACAGCAGUUUGGAAAACCGGUACAGUGUCUCAUCUGUCUCAACAGCCACCGGUCUCGGCUCUCCGCUACCCCUAUCCAGUGCGCCGAAAUUCGAACCAACAAAGGUUGAUGAAGGUCCUGACAGCCCGGCAGCGUCUCCAAUUUCACCUAGGCGACUUUCUCCGGAGCGUUCGACCUCACCAACUAAGGGUCUAGGGGGUUUCGUUCAAAGUGCUAUGCUGCGACGAUCAGAUAGUGUAUCGAAGCGAUGGAGCGCUCAGCUGCCAUCAGGGCUCAGCCGGCACAGUUCGUUUGCCAGCAAUCGCAACAGUUUUGCCGCCCCAAGUAACACGGAUAUCACCGCCACGCCCAAGCUGAGCCGCGAAGGCUCGUCCUUCUCACCUCAGCGACCGUCUUCGAGUCACAGCGAAGCGACAACUGUCGGUCAAACCAAAUCCGAAGAACGUCCCGCAACGCCUCCAGCUUCAGGCAGAAGUGGGAGCUUUAGCAGACCUCCUCUGGCUCUACAUGCCAGAUCUAGUAGUAUUUUGAGCGUUGAGUCGCAGGGGGACUCCAGUUCACGCCCCACGACUCCCGUUUCUAGGACAAUGGAUCCGAGGAGGUGGAGUCCAACGAAAUCCACCUGGCUGGAAAGUGCCCUGAAUCUUUCCGAGUCGCCAAGACAUAAGCGGCAGCAAUCUCAACAAGCGACCUGGAAUAAGGAUAGGCAGUCGAGGGCCAGCGUGGAUUUGGGCCGCCGAAAUAGCUUCAAAGAAGUCAAUACAGUGGGCCUGCUGCGAACCACUCCUCUUGGGGGCCAUGUGAAGAAACAAAGUCUUUCGGGAUUUCCCGAUGUACUCAAAACUCCAGACCUCAGUCCGACCAAAGAGAAAUCGUUGAAUGACGCGAUCCCAGUCAAAGAGGAAUCAUCGAUGAAUUCGAAGCCCCUCUCCGUCGAAAAUAUCGAACUUAGCUCGCCAUCGAAAACCAAUGAUGUCGAGAUCCCGGUUGAAGUUCCUGAAGUGUCUGGACCUCCUGAGGCCUCCAAUGUUCCCAGCGUGCCCGAAGAACCAGAAAGCCCUAAAGUAUCUGACGUCCUCGAGGUGCCUGAUGAGCCUCAAGCGUCUCAAGUGACUGAGAAGCCCGAGGUACCUCAAGUGACUGAGAAAAAACUCGAGGAGCCCGAAGCACCUCAAGAGGCCGAAGAAAAGCCUGAGGAUAGCCCGAAGCGUAAACCUGUACCGCAACCCUUAUCACCGACUCCUACGGUUAACACUGAUGUCCCUGUGCUGUCUCCUCGUCAGCCUAUUCGUGAUCCCCUGCUUAGCCGUCCCAAGCCUCACUCACCGGUGGUUGAUUUCAGGGCAAAUCUUCGGAAGCGCGAAGUCGUGAAAGAUCAGUCCUCCAGUAUGGAGCCGGAAUUUAAGAAUGUCUUUGGCAAGCUGAGGAAGACAGAGACGUCGAACUAUGUCGCACCGGAUGAGCUUAAGAAUAAUAUUCUCAAGGGCAAGGCGGCUCUGAACACGACCGGCGGCCCGAAGAAAACACAAAGAGUCGAUGAAUUUAGAAACAGUCUCGUGAUGCAGAAAGACGCAAUGAAAGCGAAUGGGGGUUCCGUUCGGCGCAAUACACUGGAGCAAAGCGAUGCUCCCACCGAAGUGGUGCCGGAAGCCAUCUUGAAGCGCCGACAUCUGACCAAGUCAAGUAUUGACAGAACUAAUCUUCCUAUUGACAGCCUGCCACCUACUCCAAAAGAGAAUGAGACAUCAGAGUCUCCGCACAUUGAACAACCUUCGCCCGAGCCCUCUAAUGACAAUGAACCUGCUGUAGAGGCUGGAACUGCCCAAAGUGCCAUCGACGUACCCGAACUCGAUCCUCCCAAUCCGCCACCUGAAGGCCUAGCCUCCGGAACUGGGCCAGAGGAUGAGGCUGAGCGCAAUGGUAUUGAGAUUGAGCUGGCGAAUGUCAACCUAAAUAAGGGACAAGAGCAACCGGCAGCGGAGGCUAUUGAACCGGUGCGUCCUCCGUCACCGGCAAACGCCACGCGAAGUGUACUUCCUGCCAACGAUGACGUUGUUACUAAAGGUAGCCUCGCAGGCCGAAUAAACCCUGCCCUAGCAAAUCUUUUAUCCCGUGGUCCGCCUGCUUUAUCGAACGGGUCCAAAGCAGCCAUACCUAUAUCCACAUCUGGUGAAAGUAGACCGUUCUUCGGCAAUUCGGAUUCGGCUUCUGCUCCAGGACUGACUCAUAUGACAAAAGACCGUGCAAGGGGCCCCAAGAGACGACCUCCCAAGGCCAUCGCUCCGAUAGAUGAUACUCCAGACGCGACAGACUUUGAUACCUCACCAAAGGCCACGGCCUACCUAGACACGCCAGGUACGGAUUUCUCCACAGCUGAACAACCCUUGGCCGACAUCUCAUCGAAAGCGGCGCCGUCAUCUGUUGACAUAGACACGCCAACUGAGGGCUUAUCUACAACUGAACAGCCCUUGGCCGACAUCUCAUCCAAAGCUGUGCCGUCAUCGAUUGACAUAGACACGCCAACUGAGGUCUUGUCUAUGGUUGAACAGCCUUUGGCCGACAUCUCAUCGAAAGCUGCGCCGCCAUCUGUUAACAUAAACACGCCAAAUGAGGGCUUAUCUACGAAUGAACAGCCUUUGGCAGUUGUCUCAUCGAAAAGUGCGCCGUCAUCGGUUGACAUAGAUACGCCAACCGAGGGUUUAUCUACAAUUGAACAACCCUUGGCAGAUACAGGAAGCUGGCCGCUACCGGAUCAAGGUCUUGACUUGGAAACUGGCCUAGAAAUCGAGCCAUUGCAGCCCUCAUCGAUAAGUGCCCGUGAAGAAUCUACCGACAAUCUAUUACCGGUGCGGGAGAAACAUGAUACCUUACCACCGGUUCCAGAGAAAGAUAAAAGCCCCGAUCUGCUACCCUCUACACCGUCAAAGAGACCCCUGACUUUGGAGCGGCGAGUCUACGAAGCCGACAGCCAAGUGAAGUCUCCCUCCGCAUCCGCUUUCAGCCCAUCUCAAUCCGCCAGCUCCCCGUCAAGCGCUCAUAACACCCAGCCACGAACCUCGUUUACUCACUACUCAUCCCCAACACCUUCUCCGCUAAGGUCAAGUUUCAGGGAGACCCAGCCUACUCCCCCUCCGCGCCUGGGUGGCCCUUAUAACUUUCUCAACCGAUCAAGAGACUUUUCUCCAUCUCGAAAGUCCUUGCCAUCUCCGCCUGUCCCACCCAAAGGACCUUAUGCCUCUACGGAUCAAUUAUCAUCCCCGAGAUCUUCCGUCUCCUUGGUUCCUCAAGCGGAUGAGUCCCUUGAAGCGAUCUCUCAAUUCUUCAAGACGCUUCCCCGUUCUAGUGAUCGCGUCAACAUUGACCCACAGUUAAUGUUGACUGACAAAAGCGACGGUUUCGGGAUCCGAACCUUGAAAAAGCAGAUAUGGGAGAUCACCGGGGAAGGGAAUAAGCAGGAUCUUCCGGUAAACCAGGAGUACAUUCUCUACGAAGGAGCAAUGUAUUUGUGUGUCCAUUAUUUUGAGGAGGAAGAUUCCAAUACGCGAUCCGAAGUCCAGCUUUGGCGCGGCGAUGAUGUAUGGGGCGGAGCAGUGGAUGCUGCCUUGCCUUUCGCACGGAAGGUUGCGCGUGAAAAUAGCUGCAAGUUGGAAAUCAUCAGCCAGGGGAAAGAGCCCGCUCGUUUCAUCCAGGCGCUCGGUGGAAUUCUCAUCACGCGCCGUGGCUCAAGCUCCCGUUCUAGCUCAUCGGCUAUCUUCAUGUUAUGCGGACGAAAACACCUCGGGCAGAUGGUGUUCGACGAGGUUGACUUCUCACCGCACAAUUUGUGUACUGGCUACCCAUUCGUGAUAUCCGCCAUGUUUGGCAAGGUAUACUUGUGGCGAGGGAAAGGUAGUUCUGCUGAAGAGAUUGGCGCCGCUCGGCUUAUCGGCAUGGAUCUUGGAUUAACGGGUGAAUUUGAAGAAGUUGCCGAAGGAGAGGAGCCCGGCAGUUUCUACGAGGCCUUCCCUCAACAUAAGGGGACAGGGGAGUAUGAACAAUCGGAUGAUUGGCUGCUGAAACCGGCCCAUGAUCGUUUCCGCCACCGGUUACUCCGCGUGGAUCAUGAGCUUGGUCAGCGAUCAUUCUGGAUUCGACGUCCAGGUUCAUCGUCUCCAGUGAUUCGUCCAAAUGACACCAUCCAAGAGGUAGAGCCUUUCUCGCAGAAAGACCUUUCGCCGAGGGGCAUUUACAUUCUUGACACUUUCUUCGAGAUCUAUGUGAUUGUGGGCGACCAAGCGUCCAAUAGGCCGGCUGAGUUUGCAUCGGCAGUCGUCUUUGCACACGAGUACGGCAUCCUUGCUGCAUCCCUUCAGGAUCGACCUUUCAUUCCUAAGAGCUUCAUUUCGCUCGGCGGGACGCCCGAGGCUUGCCGCAGCGCAUUCCGCAAAUGGACCCGACGUCCAUUACAACGACCGCCGCAGGUAUUUCCAUUGAAUGCUGCAAUCGAUGCGAUUCGAUCCUAA